UCAGUGUCCCCGCCUUCCCCGCGGGCGACGGGCGGCGGCGGCAGCAGGAGGAGCGGGCCGAGCCGCGGCAGCCCGGUCCUUGCGCGCUGGGAUGUAGCGAACUAGAAGGGGCAGAAGCUGCGCGCAGAGCCGGAGACACAGCUGGAUCCGGGGCCCCAGUCGGAGUGAAAAUCUAAGCCAGAGUCCGUGGCGAGCGAGCCCGGAGCCGAGGAGCCGCACGCGCCGCGCAGCCCGGGUCGGGUAAGAGUCUUUGAGCUAGGGGCGCUGGGUCCCCGCGGUGUUGGGGCGCAAGGAGGUGGUGGCCGAGUUGCGCGCUGUUCGCUCCGGGAGUAGGUGGGGUCCAGCCGGUGGCACCGGACUGAGCGCAUCGCGAAGGCCAGGCGCCAUCGAGGCAGCUCCAGGAGCUCGUUCCUGCGCCCAGCGCACAAUCACAGCUGCCAUCGUCAGGCACUACCUCACCUAACCGGCAGACCCACGCCACGCUGUAACCCUGGGCACCCUAAAAGAGCAACAGUUUCGGGGGUGCGGGCCCCAGCCCUGCAAGGGCACAGCCCUGGACGCCCUUCGCAGCCCUUCGUGGUGGCGCGGACCGCCGGGGACCUCUGGGAGAACCCGCAAGCGAGAGGGCCGCCCGCCGCUCCCCGCUGCACCCAGGAAUGGGGGCCCCAGAACGAGCGGAAGCGCCGGCCCCUCUGCACGCACGGGGAACUUUGGCCUUACUUCGCGUCAAGAGGGUAUUUUUCCUAAACGAAACCGCUUCAUUCGUUCGCUCGUUCGUUUGUUCGGGCAGCUAUGAUGUAGAAAAGCAACAGACGUCGGCCAGAGCCCGGCUCUCUUCGCGGCGCACCCCGAAGUCCCGCCGCAGUGCUUGGAGGCGCCCCCAGCCCAAAGCGGCCUGCCCUAGCCGCCACCGUUAGGCUUUUCCUUACCCUAAGAGAAACCCCAAGUGCUCUUCGCAAAAUCCAAUAAAGAUAUUCCCGCAGCUUCUCCAGGGUUUGGUUGUUGACGCAGGGUUCCCGAGCACGCAGCCGCUUCUCUAGAACCGGGUCUCGGAAUUCUGAAAUUGACCAGACUUCUAAAUCUGAGCUGAUUCCUCCGUGGUUAAGCAGGGCCCCCGCGGCCCAGAUCGCAGAAAUCGGAACCUCCAGCGAAUCUUGGUUCCAAUGUUUUCUAAUUUAGGAAUUCCCUUAAUCAAAAUAUUUGAAUCCACUUUUCUGAGAAACCAGGGCUCGGGUAUUCUCUUGGCAGCUCAGUGGCCUCUGACAGCCACGGGGGCUGGAGGUUGGCAACCCCAGGUUGCUGUCCAUUUGGCAGAGGAUACAGGUCUAGAAUAAUGACAAAACCUACAGGCAGCGGGGGGCAGCCCAAGAGGUGGACUCACUGGCCUCCAGCCUUUUCCUCAGACUGCUCUGGAAGCCCUCACUUCUGUUGAAAAGGAAAAGAAGUGGUCUGUGGUGUAUAGACCCGGUGCCCAACUCUGGGAUGUUGAGGUGGCUUUUGUUGACCUUCAGGCCAGGCUCAGCUUGCCCUUCCAUUAGGAAGGCAGCUGCUGGGAAGAGGAGGCUGUGUACAGCAAAAGCUGACCCUCUGCUUCCCAGCUGUGUGACCAGCCGCUGCCACUUUCCCAGCCUGCUCGUCCCCUGGCUCAGCCAUUCUCAGAAACUACAGAGUGACCAGUGGGCUUAGGUGAGCUGUGAGCCUGGAGAGCCACAGGCUCUACCAGCUGCUUUCAGUGAGUUCCGAGUUCGUGCUCCCAGUACAUCUCAGCUGCUCCCACUGGGACAGGCUGGGGAACCCCGACUGAAAGGAAGUUGCAGGCUGGGGACCUGAAAGCUGAAAGGAUCCAGUGAGAUCAUUCCCAGCCACCUACCCGAGUGCCCCUUUCCCAUCACCCAGAAACUGCUUUCAGUCAAAGAAACAAUGAUUUUUAUUGGGGAGGGGAUGUUAGAUCUGGCAGAAGGAGGUAGGUGGUCCCGGCUGCACUCCCAAAACUGGGUUUUCUAGUUUAAACUUCUCCACGGCCUAAGAGGCUUAGGGCUGGAAUGUCCCAGAGAGUCACGGAUGGCCCCGGAGGCAAGCCAUGGCACAUUCCUUUCCUUUUCCUAAAAUCCCUUGAUUCUGGUGCAAAGAUUAGGACAAGGUACCCCUGUGAGUGGGUGGAAGGAUGCCCUCUAUGAGGACCCUCCAAUCACCCUUCCCAAAUAAAAUGACUAAGCCAUUCUUGGGCAGAGUCUGUUUUCUGUAAGCCCAGCCUCAGAAAGGGUCCCUUUGGUGAUUAUUUCAACCCAGGAGUCCAGGCUUCUCUGCUGAACCCAGCCAGGACUCUAAGCCCCAAAUUUCCUGAAAGUCACAGAAUCAUUGCUAGCUCUGUGUGGCCUGGAGCGUUGGUUCCAACCCCAGUAAGCCCCCUUCCCUUCUUUCCUCAUGUCCCAUCAUCUGGUGAGGUGGAGGCUGAAGCAGCAGUCAGGGAUCGCUGUGUCCCAUGUCAGACUUGGGAGCUGCAGCACAGUGCAGGUCAAGCCUUGCCCAAGGUCACACAGCAAGAGCCAAGGGAACAUUGAGUCCCUGCUCUUACUCCUAAAAGAGAGCUGCCUCCUGUCUCAUGUGUGUGUGUGUUGCAUCUGUGAGUGUGCGCAAGAAGCCCCUAUUCUGCCCAGGAAAUCGGCCAGGGGAGAGAGCACCCCAGGUCCCUUCUCCAGCCAGCACCCGAGAUCAGGCCAGGGCCUCCUCUGGAUCAGUUCCUCACCCCUACUCCUUCAGCGCUGACUCGGUCUAGUGGAGAAAACACCCCUGGGCAACCCCCACUAGUCUCAGCCCCUCCCUAGGGCUCAGGGCCCCGGGAUAUGGAGCUUCACCCACAAUAGUCUGAGGACCUUUCAGUCCACACAGAAGGCAUCAAGAUUUCCAAAUAUAGGGAUUAUUGUGACUACUUGGAGCACUGCCAGAGGCUUGGAUCUGGAGGGGCACACAGCAGGUGCUCAAUAACUGCAUUAAAUGCAUCAACAGUGAGGGACACAAGUCCCUCAGACUGAGUAGCUAGAGCUGCAGAGUCGCAAAACAGUCCCCAUCCACGGAACGCCUGACUCUUUAGACCCUCUGGGGAAUGUGAGUUGUGAUGGCCAGCCUCUGGACGCCCAAAGGCAGACCAUUCAUUUCACGACCCCUCCCAGAGGAACACUGUGCUUCCCACCUUGGCCUGACACUUGGUGGGCUUAGAACACAACCCUCUCAGCCAGAUUUCGCGCCAGACAAGCGUCAGUGUUCUGGAGCUCAGAGGCCUGGUUGUGUGUACAUGUCUGUGACUGUAUUCAGCACUCCCCUGUGUGGGCGCAGUGAGUAUGUGUGUGUGUGUGUGUGUGUGUGUGUGCACAGCACACCUGUACAGGUGUGCAGUACAUAUAAGUCUUUGCAUGCUUCUCUGAUCCUGGCACGCUGGGUGGCUCAAUGUCCCUUCGAAGUAAGGCAGCUACCAGGAAGGUGGCAUGCGGAGGGGCACUCACUGGCAUGGCAUAACACCUAAAUACAUCCUUGAAAGGAGGUAUUGCUCCUUUAGGAGAUUCAACUGGAAACUGCGGUCAAAGAUGGGGCUGAGGCCAAAUGCUCAGCAACCACUGUUCCCUGUCUCCAGGUACCCCUCCCCAUCCCCUACACACCAAGUAUGCUUUCUCCCUGGGGGUCUCAGCCUACAGGAAAUUCCCUUCGGAGAAGUUGGAGCCACUCCCCCAGCCCAAACUCCUGGAUGCAUUCUGCUGUGGCCCCAGCCUCCGAGUUUGCCCCCUGUGGUCACAGGCACCCAGGGAGAGUGGGCUGGCCCUAGAACUGUGCUUGCUCCCCAGGACCCAGAGCUGGGGGCCUUGGGCUGGGGCCAAGGGAGUGAGAGGCAGGCCUGGUUCUACCCUGCCCACGCCCCUGCCCCCACAAUCCUCACCAAAGAGCUCAGCCUGGGGUGGAGGCAGGUGACUGCCAGGUUGAUAGGGAGCCAGGUGAGGAAAGGGACUCCUAAGGGUCCCAGACCCUGACAGCCUGCACAGUCAGCCCCAGGCAGAGAUCCCAGGAGAACAUUAGGAUGCCCUGGGCCCAAGCGUGAGGCACUGGGCCUGGAGAUGACCACAGUACUUCUCCGGGCCUCACACCCCACCCCCACCACCAUCCUGCCCAGUGCUGCUUCUGUCUGGUGGAGCACACAGAAGAGGGGCAAAGGGCACCCUGGGGUCCACCUGUGGCUAGAGGAACAGGUCAGGGCUGCACCCUACCAUCCCAGCUGUCACCUAUUUGCUCAAGACUCUGACAUCUCAGGACCAGUUAACAAUUGUUAAGCAAAAUCCUUCAACAAACUUCAAUGAAGUAGGAGGAUUCAAGGAGGGACUCAUUCUAAGGGAUGGGAAGGGGAAUGUGUUUGUGCUCAUGGAGUGCCCACUGGUGCUGUAGCUUAGCUGCCGUUGUAGCUAAGAGAAGCUCCAAGACUGUCCUAGGCUUCCUGGCCUAAGUUUGGAAACUGCAGUCACCUGGCCUGUCCGGCCUGUGCCUGCCACACUUGAGAAGCCAAAGUGAGGCCCUGCGAACCUGCUGAGAAGGGGGCAGAGAGAGGCCCACCCUGUGGUGGCCAAGGCCGGGACCUGGCGGAUUUGGCCAGACCGUUGAAGGUGCAAAACAAGGGGAGAGAAGAGGCUGUGGGGGCCUGGCAGGGCUCUUGGGGUCUCCUGCUGCACUCGACAGCGGCCUGGGGCCAACAGAAACGUUUCGUCUGAUUAGAAGCCAUCGGUUCUAUCCCAAUCCCGGAAAAUUGACUGCGGUGCAGAGGGGGUAGGCCUGAGAAGCAGCUUUGGGGGAGAGGGUCCAAGCUAAUUAGGAGGCAGCAUCCGGGGGCCCAUUAGAGCUCAGGCUGCUGUCACUCAGCCUGGCUCGGGUCCCGGGAGAAGAUCCCGGGGAAGGAGGGGCCGCGGCCCCUCGACGAGGACGCCGCUGGGAGCUGCCGGAACGAGCCCCGGGCUCUGCCCCCGCCCUGGCGCUGACUCGCAGGCUCCCGGUCGGUUGGAUCCUGCUCGGUGAACGUUCACUCAUCCCGGGCUGUUCUCGCCGGAGGCUCGGAACUUCGAGGCGGCCCAGACAGGAGUUGAUUUCUGAGCGAAACAAGUCAUUUGGGGCUUGAGGUCGCCGCCGGGGCGGCCGGGCGCGCCCAGCCCCGGCCCCCGGAGCGCCCGCCUCGGUCCCCGCCUCCAUGGACGCCUUCAAGGGGGGCAUGAGCCUGGAGCGGCUGCCAGAGGGACUCCGGCCGCCACCGCCGCAGCCGCACGACAUGGGGCCCGCCUUCCACCUAGCCCGCACGGCCGACCCCCGCGAGCCUCUCGAAAACUCCGCCAGCGAGUCGUCCGACACGGAGCUACCAGAAAAGGAGCGCGGCGGGGAACCCAAAGGGCCCGAGGACAGCGGUGCCGGCGGCGCGGGCUGCGGUGGUGCCGAGGACCCCGCCAAGAAGAAGAAGCAGCGGCGGCAACGCACGCACUUCACAAGCCAGCAACUACAAGAGCUGGAGGCCACGUUCCAGAGGAACCGCUACCCGGACAUGAGCAUGCGGGAGGAGAUCGCCGUGUGGACCAACCUCACCGAGCCACGCGUGAGGGUCUGGUUCAAGAACCGGCGAGCCAAGUGGCGGAAGCGCGAGCGUAACCAGCAGCUGGACCUGUGUAAGGGCGGCUACGUGCCGCAGUUCAGCGGCUUGGUGCAGCCCUACGACGACGUGUACGCCGCGGGGUACUCCUACAACAACUGGGCCGCCAAGAGCCUAGCGCCAGCGCCUCUCUCCACCAAGAGCUUCACCUUCUUCAACUCCAUGAGCCCGCUGUCGUCGCAGUCCAUGUUCUCGGCCCCCAGCUCCAUCUCCUCCAUGACCAUGCCUUCGAGCAUGGGCCCGGGCGCCGUGCCCGGCAUGCCCAACUCGGGCCUCAACAACAUCAACAACCUCACCGGCUCCUCGCUUAACUCGGCCAUGUCGCCGGGCGCCUGCCCGUAUGGCACACCCGCCUCGCCCUACAGCGUCUACCGGGACACGUGCAACUCGAGCCUGGCCAGCCUGCGGCUCAAGUCUAAGCAGCACUCGUCUUUCGGCUACGGCGGCCUGCAGGGCCCGGCCUCGGGCCUCAACGCGUGCCAGUACAACAGCUGACCGCCCGGCCGGGCCACGCGGGCCGGCGGCCGGAACGGCGCCGGGGGUCGGGGCUGGGGCUGGGGCCGGGGCGGGCGCGGAGGACCUGGUUCCUGAGCCGCCCCCUGCUCCCCACCUCCCCACCUCCGGCUUGAUUUUGUGUUUGCUUUCCUGGACCUCACUCUACCCUCCAAAACGAGACAAAACAAAAAAGACGUCGGAGAAAAGUGCCGCGAAAAAAAAAAAAACGGAUGAGUUGCAAUUUCCCUCGGGAUGGCGCGGGUGGUGCACGUUCGCUCGCUCGGGGCCCGGGUGGGCCACUCCGCGGAGGGGACGCGGCGCGGGAGGCGAGUGCCCAGGCCGGCGGCCCGGAGGAGACGCCCCCCGUAGCCCGCGUUCCCGCCGCGCUGGACCCAGACUGAGCGGCCGCGCCUGUGAACUGGAGCGCGGAGCCCAGGCAAACCUGGGCCCCGGCCAGGUGGGAACCAAGACGCCCCCUCCUAGCUGGGCCCGGCUGAGCAUACCUUGUAGCUCGAUCCGGAUCCAAGUUGGAGCGGGCGUUGAGCCGGGGAUGAUGGUACCCAGCCCAGGGUCGGGAACUCGCCGCGGAGCCGUACUAAUGGCCCCGGCGCGCCUCGGGGAGCCCUCGCCUGCCCCGUGCCCCGGAGUCCUAUUUUAAGGCCAAGGAGCGGCAGCUGGCGGUGCGGUCGAGGUGGGAGCCUGCUGAGUGCUUGUCUCCGAGCAUCCCAGCCCCCCAAGCUUCACCGCAGACCCAGGCCCUCCGCUCGGCUCUCCCCGGGGGCUAGGAGAGGGCCCCUCCUCACCGUCCGCCGUGCAAGAGUCGAGCCGGCAGAGCUCGGGGAGCGGCCAGGGCCCCAGCCGCGCCCACUUUGCACACCCACUCUCCGGCCCGCGCCCCUGUUUACAGCGUCCCUGUGUAUGUCGGACUGACUGUAUAGAAUUAUAAAUCUGUCUAUAUCGACUUGUCCAUGUACGUCUAUUAAAAACCAUAGUACGAGCGUGCUAACCAC